UUCCGCGUUUUCGCCGCGCAUCCGCAGGCCUCCGCGCGCUCUUCCGGCCAUUCAUACGCCUCCUCUGCGAGUCUUGGGGUCCUGAAUUCCGUGUCCAGUCGGACCAGAAGGAGGCCGAGCCGCUAGGAUGAAGCUCGUGAGUAUAUCAUGAUAAAAAAAAAAAUUAGGGCAGAAGAAGAGUAGAUGAAAUGAAGGACAGACUGCCGUCCAACGGGAGAAUUAUAAAGGCAGAUUUGUUCCUUAGAAAAGACAAGAAAAAGAAGAAUUCCUGGUUUUUGAUGAAAUUGAGUCAUGAAACUGUAACCAUUGAAUUGAAGAAUGGAACACAAGUCCAUGGAACAAUCACAGGUGUAGAUGUCAGCAUGAAUACACAUCUUAAAGCUGUGAAAAUGACCCUGAAGAACAGAGAACCUGUACAGUUGGAAACCUUGAGCAUUCGAGGAAAUAACAUUCGGUACUUUAUUCUACCAGACAGCUUACCUCUGGACACAUUACUUGUGGAUGUGGAACCUAAGGUGAAGUCUAAGAAAAGGGAAGCUGUUGCAGGAAGAGGUCGAGGCCGAGGUAGAGGAAGAGGACGUGGUCGCGGCAGAGGAAGAGGGGGUCCUAGGCGAUAAUGUCUUUCAAGAUUACUGUUUCAAAGUGAUAAGGAAUUGGGGGAUAGUUUUUGUACAGGUUUUGUUUGUUUGUCAAUUUUUAAUAAACGUUAAGUGUGGGGAUGGAGUUUUCUGUUUAUUAUCAAA